UGGCUGUUGUUAAGAGGUUGCUAUGGGAGAUCAAGAUGCGUCGGAGUAAAGCACUCUGGGAAGUGUAACGUUUUGAAGCUUUGCACAAGCUACAAUGAAGCGUGUUUUCACGCUCUCAGAAAAGUCGUGGUCGGGCUCAUGUUUGCUGUACAAAUGGCAGAAAACAGUUGGGAACUAUCUUGCAGUUGCGGGCCCGGACAAUGUUGUACAAAUCUAUGAUCGGCAUGGGCAGAAGGUGAAUGAAUUAAAACUCCCAGGAAGCUGCAUUUCUCUUGAUUGGGAUAAAGAUGGUGAUAUCUUGGCUGUAAUUGCUGAAAAGUCCAGUUCUAUUUAUUUGUGGGAUGCCAAUGUCAACAAAACCUCACAGCUGGACAGUGGCAUGAGAGAUCAGAUGUCGUUUUUGCUCUGGUCCAAAACUGGGCCUCUAUUGGCUGUUGGCACAUCUAAAGGAAACCUACUUAUUUACAACCAGCAAACUUCACGAAAAAUUCCUGUGCUGGGUAAGCACACAAAGAAAAUCACAUGUGGCUGCUGGAGCUCUCAGAACCUUCUGGCUUUAGGCAGUGAAGACCGCAGCAUAACAGUCAGCAACCAUGAGGGAGACACAAUUCGACAGACUUCUGUAAGAGCAGACCCUGCAGAUGUUCAAUUCUCAGUGAUGAAAACAGAUGAGCGAUCAUCAGGAGAAAGCACUGUAAGUGUGGCUUUGGGCAAGAAGACCUUGUUUCUGUUCAACCUGAAUGAUCCUGAUAACCCUAUAGAACUGGCUUUUCAGCAGCGCUAUGGCAAUAUUAUCUCCUACCGCUGGUAUGGGGAUGGCUAUAUAAUGAUUGGAUUUUCACAUGGUUAUUUUGUGGUAAUUUCCACACAUAUCCGUGAGAUUGGCCAAGAGCUGUUUCAAGCCCAUAAUCACAAGGACAGUCUGACCAGCAUCGCCAUCUCACAGUCGCUAAAUAAGGCAGCAUCCUGUGGGGACAACUGUAUAAAGAUACAUGACCUGACUGAUCUGAAGGAGAUGUAUGCUAUAGUCAGUCUGGAUGAGGAGACUAAAGGUCUUGAUCAGAUGUGUUGGACUGAUGACGGGCAGCUGUUAGCUGUGUCCUCUCAGCAGGGCACCUUGCACGUCUUUCUCACAAAAUUGCCCAUUCUGGGAGACAGCAGUGGGACGAGAAUCGCCUAUUUGACAUCCCUGCUGGAGGUUACAGUUGGCAACCAGGUGGAAGGGGAAUCUCCUGUUGCUAUAGCUGUGGAGGUGGAACCUAGUUUCAUCGCUGUGGGACCGUAUCACGUUGCUGUGGGCAUGAAUAACAGAGCAUGGUUUUAUGUAUUAGGAGACAAUGGAGUUGAGCGUGUAAAGGACACCGAGUAUUUAGGGACAGUGGCCAGUAUGUGUCUGAACUGUGACUAUGCCGCAGCCCUGUUUGAGGGGAAAGUCCAGUUGCAUGUGAUUGAUGGAGAUGAACAGGUUGUUCAGGAGGACAGACAAACAAAACUGUUUCCAGAACCCGAUCAGAAAUACCGCAUCCUCUGUCAUGCGCUCACCACUGAGUUUCUGUAUUAUGGGACUGAUACUGGUUUGAUUCAAUGUUUCUAUUUAGAGGACUGGCAGAGUGUGAAUGAGCACCGGCACACAGUGGGUAUACGCAAAAUCUUUCCUGACCCCAAUGGAACACGCCUCGUCUUUAUUGAUGAAAAGAGUGACGGCUUUUUAUACUGCCCGGUGAAUGAUUCGCUCUUUGAGAUCCCAGACUUCUCUCCUGCCAUUAGAGGGGUACUGUGGGAAAACUGGAUCAGCAGUAAGGGUGUGUUUGCGGCAUUUGAGGAGGACAAAGUCUACACGUAUGCCUUCCACAAAGACACAAUACAAGGGUCGAAAGUGAUUCUGGUGGGUGCCACCAAGUUGCCAUUUUCCCAUAAGCCCUUGCUGCUGUACAAUGGAGAGUUGACUUGUCAAACCCAGAGUGGGAAAAUUAACACUGUGCUUUUGAACACACACGCCUUCCUUAACAUCCCUCUCGGUGAUACCAGCAAAGAAAAACUCCAAGCUUUACUGAAACAGGCCAUCAUGCUCAAAAGGUUCUCUGAUGCGUGGGAUAUAUGUAAAGCUCUGAACAGUGCUGAAGAAUGGGGUGAGAUGGGCAGGGCGUGUCUGCACCACAUGGAGGUGGAGCUGGCCAUCAGGGUGUACCGCAUGAUGGGAAACGUUGGCAUGGUCAUGUCCAUUGAGGACAUCAAGGGAAUAGAAGAUCAGAAUUUGUUGGCUGGUCAUUUGGCCAUGUUCUGCAAUGACUUUAACCGAGCCCAAGACCUCUAUCUCUCUUCUUCAUAUCCUAUGGCAGCCCUAGAGAUGAGAAGGGACCUGCAGCACUGGGACAGUGCAUUACAGCUGGCUAAAAGACUUGACCCUGAAGAGAUCCCUUUUAUUUCUAGAGAAUAUGCCAUACAGCUGGAGUUUGUUGGAGAUUAUGCGAAUGCACUGGCUCACUAUGAGAAAGGAAUAACAGGAAACAACAAGUUCCAGGAUCAUGAUGAGAGCUGUCUGGCAGGUGUGGCUCGUAUGUCCAUUCGUAUGGGUGACAUUCGCAGGGGUGCCAAUCAGGCCAUCAAACACCCCAGCAUAUCUCUGAAGAAAGAGUGUGGAGCCAUUCUGGAGAGCAUGAAGCAAUAUUCAGAAGCUGCUCAGCUGUAUGAGAAAGGCCAGUACUAUGACAAAGCUGCCUCUGUCUACAUACGCUGCAAAAACUGGGCAAAGGUGGGGGAGCUACUGCCUCACGUGACCUCCCCAAAGAUUCACCUACAGUAUGCUAAGGCAAAGGAGGUUGAUGGCAAGUAUAAAGAGGCCGUGAUGGCAUAUGAAAGUGCUCGAGACUGGGACAAUGUAAUUCGGAUCCUACUGGAGCACCUUAACAACCCUGAGGAAGCUGUCCGCAUUGUCCGAGAAACUCAGUCUAUCGAAGGAGCCAAGAUGGUGGCCAGGUUUUUCCUGGCUUUAAGUGAUUAUGGUUCAGCGAUCCAGUUCCUGGUUUUGUCGCGUUGUAGUGAUGAAGCGUUUCAGCUCGCUCAGCAUCACGGUCAGAUGGAGAUCUAUGCUGACAUCAUUGGUUCAGAUGCAACAACAGAAGACUAUCAGAGCAUAGCGCUUUAUUUCGAGGGAGAGAAGAACCAUCUUCAGGCUGGGAAGUUUUUUCAGAAGUGUGGCCAGUACAGCAGAGCCCUGAAACACUUUUUGAAAUGCCCUAACUCUGAUGAUAGUUUGGCUGUAGAGAUGGCCAUUGAGACAGUAGGGCAGGCAAAGGAUGAAGCACUGACCAAUCAGCUUAUUGAUUACCUAAUGGGAGAAAGUGACGGAAUGCCUAAGGAUGCGAAGUAUCUGUUCCGGUUGUACAUGGCUCUCAAACAGUACAGAGAAGCAGCAAGAACCGCUAUCAUAAUUGCCAGAGAGGAGCAAUCUGCAGGAAACUACAGGAAUGCCCAUGAUGUUCUGUUCAGCAUGUACUCUGAGCUCCAGACACAGCAGAUAAAAAUCCCAGCAGAGAUGGCCACAAACCUGAUGAUCCUACACAGCUACAUAUUGGUGAAGAUUCACGUUAAAAGAGGAGAUCAUUUAAAGGGGGCACGAAUGCUUAUUCGUGUAUCCAACAACAUCAGCAAAUUCCCAUCCCACAUCGUUCCCAUCCUCACAUCAGCUGUUAUUGAAUGUCAUCGCGCUGGACUGAGGAACUCCGCCUUUAGUUUUGCCUCUAUGCUGAUGAGACCAGAAUAUCGUAACAAGAUUGAUCUCAAAUACAAAAAGAAGAUUGAAGCAAUGGUCCGUCGUCCAGACACCUCAGAAUUGGAGGAAGAAUGUUCAUCAUGUCCCUACUGUGGCUUCAGUCUGCCUGACUGCGAGCUGCUCUGUCCCAGCUGCAAAAACAAUCUGCCAUAUUGUAUAGCAACAGGUCGUCACAUGGUUAAGGAGGACUGGUGUGUCUGCCCACACUGCGAAUUCCCCGCACUCCACUCGCAGUUCAAUCAGCUUUUAGAGACAGAGUCUGUCUGCCCAAUGUGCUCUGAAAGUUUAAAUGCCAGUGAAGUGAAAAAGGUGUCAGACUGCUCCAGAUUUCUGCAACAGGACCAGCUGGAGCGCUGAGACAGAGGGAGCACAAUUGGAGAAACGAAAGGGUACCUGGCGAUUUGAUGUUUUCAGAUUUGAUGAAAUCUGAUGGAGACUCAUUUCUAAAGUUUAAUAAGUAGAUGAAAAUUUCAACAUUUCAAGCAAGGCCUGGAGUCCUUUUAAAAAUGUAUAUAUACUUGUAUAUUUAUAUGCAUCAAUAUUUUAGUAAUAUGAUUUUCAAUUGUAUGCAUUUAUUGUGUAUUUAGCAUAGAAUAAAAAA